AGAUGUAAGUUUUCCCGCUUCAAUCUGGACCGUUGAUGCCAAAUUUAGGCUUUCCAGCAAAGUUUCGUUCCCAAAAUGUACCACUCUGGUUAUUUUCUAUCCCCGUUAUGCCCCUGUAUGGAAAUUUAAUCUCAAAAAUGCCCCUACUGAUGCCCAAACUUUGGCUCUCUUUUGCCUCCGUCCUCAUAAUUUUCAUUCCCUAAAUGCCCCUCUCCUCGAUCUACCCCUCCUCCGCCUCCAACCCACCCUUUUCUCAAUCUCUCCGUUCAAAUCUCGGCGUUCGGAGUUCGAUUCCCGGGCGAAUUCGAUGGAUCCAAUGGAAAUUCUUCAGUUUCUCCUUUUCGAUUUCAAUCUAGCAAUUUAUAAAUCUGGGAUUUGUUUCAAUUUUUGCUAGUUUUUUUUUGUGAAUUUUGUGAUUUUUUCUUUAAUCUUUUGAAUGGAUAACAUCUCCUUCUGAUCGCUGAUCUUUUCAGUGUUUUUCUCGUGAAUUAAUCGCAAAUAAAGAGUAUAAUUCGAUGUUUUUGCCCUAGAAUUCUCUUUCCUGAUUGUAAUUUUUCGGUCAUAUUCCUUUCAAAUUUCCUCAUUUUUCUUCAAUUUGUUUUUGUUGACCUAAUCUCGCUUUCUAUCUGAUUUCUUGGAUUCUUACUCGGCAAAAAAGAGCAGCUUUUGAAGCCUUUUUUGAUCUUUGGCAUCAAUCUUAGGGUUUGAAUCCAGGAAUUUGGAUGAUGACUAGGGUUUAGGAUUUGGGGCUGAGAUUUAGAAUGGCGGGUAGCAAGGCGAAGCUGCUAUGCAGCUUUGGAGGUGACUUUGUGAACAACCAAGGGAAGGCUUUGUACGUUGGCGGGAAGACACGUCUGGUCUCCGUUGAUAGGACGGCGAGCUUCCGUUCACUGCUGGAGAAGAUGUCGGAGCUCUGUGACGCAGACCCGGGGGAUGUUGAUGUGAGGUUUCAGCUCCCCGACGGCAGCCUUGACUCGAGACUGGUAUCCAUUGAAUCCGAUGAUGAUGUGCGGAAUAUGAUGGAUGAGUUUGAUUGUAAUCGUAAAAUUCCAAUCUUUUUGUUCACUGCCAAGAUGGAGAACAGCGAUGAUGAUGACGAUGAUGACUUGGGAACAGCCAAUGCUGUUGAUGAUGCAAUGCGGGUGCUGGAUGUUCGGUCUGAGGAAACCAUGAGAGAGAUGACAAUGGUGAGACCAGAAGGACUAGGUUGCCAAAAUGGCUUGAGCACAUCUGGAACUUAUCACAAGAGAGAAUACUUGAGAAAUCCAUCGAUUGGUCCUAGUAUGUCAGGGGAAUCAUUCCGAAGAGACUCUCAGUCUUUGGUCGUUGGACAAGAGUACGAGGACGUGCAGACCUUUCGUAACGCACUGACUAGUGCUGCCAUUGCAGCAAAUUUUGAGCUUCAUAUGAUACGAUCAGACCAGCGUCGUGUCACAGCCAGGUGUGCUGCAGGAGGCUGUACUUGGCGUGUGCAUGCAUCAAAGCUCCCACAUGUCAGCACAUUUAGGAUAAGAACAUUGGCACCUGAGCACACUUGCGAGCGAUCUGAUGAUGCUGGCCACCGGCAGGCAACAGCAAAAUGGAUUGCGAAUUGCAUUCGAGACAAGCUCAGGCACAACAGAAAUUACAAACCAAGAGAAAUUUUAAAUGACAUUCACCGGGAAUACGGGGUGCUUAUCACAUACAAGCGAGCUUUUCUUGGCCGGGAGAAGGCAUUAGAAGAACUCCGUGCUGAACCUGGUGGCCAUAUGAUCAGCGAAGAAAACAGUUACGACCCUACAACAGAGAACAACCAAUUAGAAGUUCAAGGCUGGGGCGAGAUACAUGAUCCGCCAAGAAAAAAGAGGGCAUAUGCCGGACCGUGCGAGCCGAAAGAAGUACGACCAUUGCAUUGCACUCGAUGUAACCAAAUCGGUCAUAACAGGAGGACCUGCACCGCAUUUAGGCCAGUCUAAGAUUAUUACUUUUAGUCAUCAGAAAUCACUUUCGAUUGCAGAAGCUGAUCGUCUUCCGCCGAGUCUCUUUCUAAUAGCGUCGUUCUCCAGCUGAUGAUCAAGUUCGAUUCUAGAAAGCUGUCAAUGGCUGGCCGAUGAAGGUGAUACUCAUUGCCGAGUUCAUUUCAUUGCAAUCAAAGUACUUCGAUUUUUCUCCAUUGUUGUAUUUCUUGACCAUCUGUAUCAUAACAAAUCCAUUGUAUUGUACCCCAAAAAAAGGGUAAUCAUCUUGUCCAUCCUGUUAUCAUCAAAAUUAAUAGAAAACCUUCAACAAGUUACUGAUUGAUUUCA